ACUGUUUAAUGUUAAAGAUAACGCAUCGUGUUUCUAUCUAGUGUGUAUGCAUAUUUGUCUAUGUUCACAUAAUCACUGUCUAUCGCAUUUACCGUGAAAACCAGUUCGCAGUAUGGCAAUAUUAUUGUUAAGCUUUGUGGGACUACUUGCAGUUGCCGUUGCCCAUCCAGCCCAUCCAAACCAGUGUCCUCCUGUCCCGUUCUAUCUUCCUUCUGAUUGUGCAGCUAUGCUCGUUAUCAACGAAUGUUCUGUCGAGUUACAAAACUGCCCUGCUGGCAAAACAUGUUGUGCUGGAAUAUGUGGAUCAAGAACUUGUCAGCUUAUCGGAAUUAAACAUGUCUGUCCUUGCGGUCCGAAGUGCUGUCGUCUGUUCUGUCGCUAUGGAUACGCCCGGGAUGCCAAUGGAUGCGAAAUAUGUAAAUGCAAACUUGGUUAUUAACAGAAGAGAAGAGAACAGAACAGAACUGUGUUACACCCAGGCCGUUAGGCAACGGCACAUGGGGAAACAUGAACGAAUACAUAAUAUAAUAUGUGACAAGACAGGACGGGGUUUACAGGAGAACAUUAAAUAGUAAAUAAAUAAAACGAGCACACAAUUGUUCAAGACGAAAGGCUGGUUGAGAUUUUGUAAAUUUUGUUAUUGAAGAAAAUAAAAUAGUUUAGGCAUA